AAUAGUAGACCCUUCUUUAUCAUGCGUUCUGCUCGCUUAAGGGAACUUCCGUUGACACGAAACCGACUGGCCUUGAAUUCUUACCGGUCCACAACACGCAUAAAAUGUGUCUCUUAUCGUUCUGCGAGCGGCAAUUGCUUAACAAAAGAGCGCGAGGAAAUCAAGCAAGAAGCAGCUGCAAUGACGAGAUCGCUUUAUCGGACUUGUAUACGCUCAGUGCGAGUGAUCCGACAGGGCAACGAACAUGACGAAGCGGAAUUUCGAAAACGUGAAGAGGAUGAGAUGGAAUCUUCAUCAAAGAGUGGUCGCGUCAGCAUGAUUUCUAUGCUACCACCUGUUGAUCGGGACGACGAACUACGAUCUAGAAGUGAGUACUAUUUAUCGUAUGCAAGGGAAAACUUUGUGCAAGAGUCGGACUGCCUUGAUUUUGACAAGUGGAAUCGGCAGCAAGUGUUGAGAUUCUUGCAUUAUCUGAAAAAUGGAGAUGAGCAACGGAAAUGGCUUUUAGCAGACAUGCGGUUCAAGGAUCCAUUUACCGAUGCAUUUGAUGGAGAACGGGUAAAAGCCUUUGAAAAUCUUGCCAUGCAGCAUAUAAUGCGUCUCGACGAGGCCAUGAACGAUUCUCUUCCCGCUGCGGAGCGUAGCCAAAUGAUGCAGCAGCCGGUCUCUUCUGUCCAAGAUGAAAAUAGUGAGGAGGAAUAUUCUUGGACGGAUGACGAAGAGGAGGAAGACGGCACAAGCCCCCCUGAGUGGUUGCACAAGUAUCGCGGACACUAG